AUGCCGCCUUGGGGAUCUCCUGGCCCGAUGGACAAUGUGGUCGACUUAACAUUAGAUGACAUGGACGUACGCUCCUGGGAGGCAAUAGAUCUGACCUCGGUGGACGACCGACACCCACCGAAUCAUGCCUCGGAGAGGCCAGAACUGAACGUGGAGGACGAGUCCACAACCCUGGUUGGGUCAAACACAACUGACUCUGGGGAGUCCAGUCCGAACACGCAAUGGACCUACGACACCGCGCAGACGGAGUCCAACCCUACUGACCCCGGCGAUCUGAGCCCGAGAAAUCCACAGGAUGAAGACAGUGAUUCACCAGACGAUGACUUGGCCACCAUAAUUGCACGGAACAGGAAGCGGAAGAAUACUGCUGGUGACCCUCCGACUUCCGAAAACAAGCCAAGAGAAACCCAGUUAACACCCUCGGCCUUCGGCUCUAUGUUCGGCUCCAAGUCCCUGAAGCCAGCUUUCGGUGAACUUUGGUUCAAUCGCAAAUCUGGUGUGGACGGUAUGGACGUCGCCAGGCCUCAACCGGACAGGAGACCGAAGGCUCAACAGAACAAGCGCGUAACAAUCCAGCACGAGGGGCAGUCGGCCAACGAUGCAAACUCUCGGAUCCUCAACGUUGACCUGGAUGAUGAAUUCGGCCCAGAGGAGAAAACCGAGAAAUACAAGCGCAAGUCAAAGACACAGCGGAUUCCACCGAAGAAACAGAGCCGAGUCGAUGAGGAACCUUCCAUUAUACCUGCUCCUCGGCGAGCGGUUUCCGAAACCCCCGAGACCACUCACCAUCAGAGGAAAACUGGAUUCUCAGGAGACGUGAAAUUGUCCCAGGCCCAUGACGUGGUCGAAAUUCAGCGCCCCCACAAGAGGAGGAAGCACAGCAGACAACAUGACACCAUUAAUAGCCUCAACUCCGGUGCCGCUGCUCUCGAAGACACCGGCAGCCUGGUGGCAGCUGCGAAUAGGCUCCAAGCCCCAAGAUCCGGGACGUAUUCUGUGGGGAAAGAUAGAGUCACAGGAAAACAUUCGGCUGGGAGCAUGCGCGGUGGCUCUUUAGUGGACCAGUCAGACGAUGCUGGCCUACAUCGAGGAAACAAGACGACGCAUAGAGAAAAACGACAAAAGCUUAUGGCACAGGUUUGGAAGCAAGCCGAAAAGUCACAGCGUACUGCGGCACGCAUUGGUACUCAACAGGCUGGAUUAGCGUCCAGGAGGCCGAAAAAGGGCAGAGAUGACCGACGGCCGGCUCCUGACCAAGAUUCGAGCCAUCGUGAAGCUCACCAAGGGUCUAAUGGUGGCUAUUCCGGUACGAGAGCCCAACCACCGUUCGAGGGUGGGGUUGCCCGUCCAGAGGCUGCGAGAUUGUACGAAGACGUUCGAGGAGCCCAGGACAUACCAGACAUUCGUACACAACAGUCUCAACAGGCACACAGAGAUUGUGACACGCGAAAGAGUGACAUGGUCUACUCCAAAGCCGGUGCUGCCCAGCCAGCCAGCCGCAUCGAGGAUUCUCAGCAGAUAUCGAGCCUCGAUGCCCGCAAGAAGGACAUGGAGGACGCAAAACGUUACUUCGAGAAUCACCCUUCAAAUUCCGCUCCACAGCGCAGGGUCGAGAUGACCAACUUUGUUCCUCCCGACCUGAGCAAACCUAAUUUCGCUUUCCGCAGUCGGAUGGCCAACUCAAGCAACAGGAAGCGGCUUGGUCGCAAAUUACCGAACGCCGCCCAACAGGCCGAGAAGAGGGACAAGGAUCGCCAGAAAAGGAUACUAACAAAGCGGCGACAACUGGGGGAGGAAGCGAACCGGCUGUUCCCAAAUGAGUCCGAGGAACACAAGGAGAAAUGGAUCGAAGACCGCAUAGCCAAGAUGAGACAGACAUUCAUGAAGAACGAUCAAAAGAGGGAGGCGCAGAAAUCACAGGGCUUUCUGACCGUCGAUUAUCUCGAAGACUUUGGGCCUGCUGGAAGCGAUGGCAACGAUGGGCCACCGGCAGCUGCGCCAAAGGGCAAGAGGGGUGGAAUUCCCCUAGCGGAGGCCCUCGAGCCAGGAGCUACCAUCAACCUGUACACCGUAUGGCUCAGCAACCCGGUUGAAAAGGGCAAGCAGCCCGAGGAAAAAGACUUCAAGCGCCUAGAUGACCAAUUCCUCCCAAGGGAAGAUGCAAACAAGCACGCUGAAGCCAUCCUCAGGAACGAAAAGUACGACGAUUCGCACAUCGUCUCCAUGCACUUCCGCGUGGGACCCACAGACGGGUUGUUCUGGGGGAUCAAAGAGCUGGCUGACGGGAAGCAAGUCACUUGUUACGUCCAGAAGGAAAGACAUAUGGCUAGCUUACUAGACCUCAGCGAUACUUUUGUGCGCAAGGAGCUAAAGAACACAUACUGCUCGCGAUUCGAUGUGUGGUACAUAAAGAUCAUCCCGAAGGUCUUUCUAAAGGAAAAGAAAGCCACCACUGGCCAGAACAUGGAGAAUUCUAGAGCCAAGUCGGAGGCGAAUACACCCAAUGCGGACGGGGAGCCAUAUCCUCCCGAGAAGGAGCAGGCGGAUGACGACAGAGUUAGCUUGUUCUCUGCGACUCCAACACCUGAGCCCGACACCAUCGAGCUCGAGAAAGAUGAGGCCGAGGAGGUCGAGGGCGGCGAUGAGAGCGACGCCUAUUCCGUCGUUUCUGACGGGACAAUGGCACCCUCGGAGCCAGGUGGGAACCUGGGGUCACUCUCAUGGAACGACGUCGAAUACGUGCACGAGCACGUGGGUGCCUUCACCACCAUGGAGCUGGCAAACGAGGAGGCCUACAAGGUGGCACGGGAACUCUGGAAGCCGAGAGGUGCGCGCUACAUGUCCUGGCAUUACUACUGGGACACGGUCCUGCCGAGCAUCGAUGGCUAUAGGGACAAGGAACUAGACGUUCAAGCCGCAGAGCUUGUGUUUGAUGAAGUCCCAGAGCUUGAAGGGCACGUAGACAACCUGCCAUGGCCAUUUGUUUAUUCCAAGGUUUUCGUGACGGAGACCAGACUAGAGGGUCCAAGGGACAUCGGAAACCACUACAAGAGGGACAACGAUGAGGACUGUGGCGAGGAAGGUGUUGGGGACGGGGAGGAGGAUGAGGAAGACGACUGA